AUGGAUACAUUCCUGAGAACCCCAUCGGAUGAUUCUCCCGGAACUCUUCGAUCACCUAGCCAUUUCGGCAUCACUCCCCAAAGUCAAAUAUCAAGUACUUCAUCUGACGUCGAGGUACCCAGGAGCGACGAUGGUAGUGUGAGGAAACGAGGCCGAAAAGGCCACACCAAAUCGAGAACGGGAUGUUUCAAUUGCAAGCGAGCCCGGAUAAAGUGCAAAGAGAAUCGACCAUCGUGUGACUACUGCGCUCACCGAGACUUGAAAUGCGAAUGGCCCGAGAUCCAGAUUAACCAAGCUGGGACAAUGAUACGAAAAGCGAGCACGUCCAGCUCUAUUUCCACCAACCCUUCGACUCAAUUACCCGUGUUCACCAUUCAAGAUUUCCGUUUGUUCAACCACUUCAUACAAUCAGCGUACCCAUCACACCCUAUUGGAAAUGACUCUGUCUGGAGACAAGAGGUGCCGAGUAUAUCGCCUGAUUACGAUUUCCUUCUACAUUCCAUGCUUGCGCUGGCAGCCGCAGACAUUGCUGCCAAACAGGAUGAACCCGAAAUGAAAGUUAUCGGGAUGACACAUCGAGUACAAGCCAUCGAAUCGCUCAACAAAGCCAUAGAUAGUGGAAUCAAAUCAUUCAUACAGGGCAAUGCAAUGCUAGCGGCAUGUUUCGCACUGCUCUUCCAUUCGGUGUUCAUCAGCGACGGUCUCGGCGAAUACAUGAGUUUCAUUAGGGGCACCGUCGCUGUUGGGAUGAAGAUGGGACAAAGCCGGAUGAAGUUCUUGUUCGAGAAGGCUUUUGGAGAUGAGCAGAUGGAACUCAUUGGGCCUGCGCUCAAGCUGGCGCCUCUUGUUCAUACGGAUGUGUCGCGAGCUGCUUGUAGAUCGCUGGAGAAAUUUGGGUUUCUUUGUGAAAGGGGUUACGAACUCAUGCUUUAUGGAACACUUCUGAGUAUGGCGCGGAACUUGGUGACUUCGUCACAAGAUGCAUACAUGGAGUUACGAAAGUAUUACGGCUUGUUCAUGAUGCUGCCACAACAAGACUUCGUCCACUUCAUCGAUCCCAAAAAUAUUGUCGGCAAGUUGAUACAAGCGCAUUUCGUAUCUAUGCAACUUAUUAUGACUCCAAUAACGAAUAGCGAACGAGCGCCUCGUCAACUGGUCAAUCCAGACCAAGAAUACAACGAUCCAACCAGAUCAAAUCCAACUGUUGGAUGGUUAUCAAGUUUGCAUUCCGAUAUCCCGGAUCAUAUGAUGGAGUAUUUCCAGUGGACUUUAUGGGUUGAGCAGGAAGUUCAUAAGGGGAAGCUUUAUACUGGGGUUUAUGAUUGA